AUGGCUCCUAGUAAAGGAUGGAUGGAUCUUGUUGGUGAUCGUCUUAAUGAUGUAUAUUUACGUGGGGUUGAGGAAUUUUUGGACUAUGCUUUUAAGAAGACUGGGAGGCAUGGGGAAAUACGUUGUCCAUGUGUCAAGUGUAGUAACACGUAUUCCGCCACACGAGAAGUGGUAGGGACACACCUCAAGGUGUAUGGAAUAAUACGUAAUUAUACAUUUUGGUAUCACCAUGGAGAAAGGGUAGGUGAAUCUGAAUCUAAUUUAGAAAGUGUUCAACAAAGUGAAGAUGAGCCUAGCAAUGAGAUGCAUGACAUUUUAAGGGAUUUGUAUCCAGAGUUUUGUGGUCAAGAUACAAAUGAUAUGGAUACAGAUAUCUUCGCUAGUGAUAUUCAUAAAGAGGAACCGAAUGAGGAAGCGAAUAAAUUCUAUAGGUUACUAAGAGAUUUUGAGCAACCAUUAUACCAAGGUUCUAAGAGCUCAAAGUUAUCUUGCUUAGUCAAAUUGCUCCAUAUCAAGAGCCUUGGUCGAUGGAGUAAUGAGUCAUUUACUAUGUUGUUGCAAUUAUUGAAAGAUGAAUUAUUACCUCAAGGAUCUAAUUUGCCACAAUCAUAUUAUGAUGCAAAGAAAGUAAUUCAAGAUCUUGGUCUCUCAUACAAAAAAAUUGAUGCAUGUGUAAAUAAUUGCAUGUUAUAUUGGAAAGAGGAUGAGAGGCUAGAUUUUUGUAAGAUUUGUGGCUAUUCUAGAUGGAAGACUGAUAAAUAUAAUGGGGAAGACAAGGUUAAAACCAAUGGGAAGAGAAUACCAAAAAAAAUUCUGCGUUACUUUCCACUAAAGCCAAGACUUCAAAGAUUGUUUAUGUCCACAAAGACAGCGUCUUUGAUGAGAUGGCAUAAAGAUAAGAGGGUAGAUGAUGGAGUGAUGAGACACCCUGCUGAUUCAAUGGCAUGGAUUUCCUUUGACAAACUACAUCUAAAUUUUGCCUCAGACUCUCGCAAUGUGAGACUAGGCUUUGCUAGUGAUGGAUUUCAACCUUUUGCCAAUUCAAAAAUGCCAUAUAGUGUUUGGCCAGUUUUACUCAUUCCAUACAAUUUGCCACCUUGGAUGUGCAUGAAACAAUCAAAUUUUAUUUUAUUAAUGCUUAUUCCUGGUCCUGAGGGUCCUGGAGAUGCAAUUGAUAUCUAUCUUCAACCUUUAGUAGAAGAACUAAGAGAGUUAUGGGAAACUGGUAUUGAUACAUUUGAUGCAUAUGCACAACAGAAUUUCAAGUUACAUGUAGUUUUACUAUGGACUAUCAAUGAUUUCCCUGCAUAUGGGAACUUAUCAGGUUGGAGUACUAAGGGAAAGUUGGCUUGUCCUUGUUGUAAUAAGGACACCUGUUGGAUGAGGUUGGCCAAUGGAGGCAAGCAAUGUUAUAUGGGUCAUCGACAAUAUCUUCCUCUUAAUCACAAAUGGAGAAAUGAUAACAAAUCUUUUGAUGGCACAAGGGAGCGAGGGUUACCACCCAAGCCACUUUCAGGAGAUGAUAUACUUGAUCAAGUGAAAAAUCUUGAAGGGGUCAUAUUAACUAAGGCUCUUCAUAUGAAGAAAGCAAUCUCACAUGAUGGCAGGGGGGACAAUUGGAAUAAAAAGAGUAUAUUCUUUGACCUUCCAUAUUGGAGGACCUUAUUACUACGCCACAACUUAGAUGUCGUGCACAUUGAAAAGAAUAUAUGCGAUAAUAUACUAGGGACAAUCAUGAACAUAAAGGGAAAAACUAAAGAUAGCAUCAAAACUCGCCUUGACUUGCAAGCAUUAAAUAUAAGGCCAGAGUUACACUCAUUAAAAGUUCCAGAUGGAUUUUCAUCCAAUAUUUCUCUUUGUGUAAACAUGAAAGAGAGUAAAAUCUCAAGAUUAAAGAUUCAUGAUUGUCAUGUUCUUCUAUUACAUAUACUUCCUCUUGCAAUGCGUGGUUUACUUCCUAAAGUAGUAUAUGAACCACUUGUUGAGCUUUCAUUGUUCUUUAGUCAUUUAGGUGCGAAGGCAUUAAAGACAGAUGUAUUGGAGCAAUUAGAAAAGCAAAUUCCUAUAACUCUUUGCAAGCUAGAAAGGAUCUUUCCACUUUCAUUCUUUGACAUUAUGGUGCAUUUGCCUAUGCAUUUGGCUAGUGAAGCUAAAAUUGGUGGACCAGUACAGUAUCAUUGGAUGUACCCAAUAGAACGAGCAUUAUAUUCAUUGAAGUCAAGUAUUCGUAAUAGAGCUUGUGUAGAGGGUUCAAUUGCAGAGGCGUACAUUGCAAAUGAGUGCAUGACUCUUUGCUCAAGGUACUUGAAUAGCAUUGAGACAAAGUUUAAUAGAAUGGAGCGCAACUAUAAUGGCAGCAGUAAUAAAAAUAAAGGUGGCUUAUCAAUUUUCUCCAAAGUAGGACAUGGAUUAGGUGUUAGUAAAACUCGUGUUCUUGAUACACAGGAGUGGGAGCAAGCUCAUAUUUAUGUAUUAAAGAAUUGUGAUGAAGUCCAGCCAUACAUCGAGUAUGAUAUUUUUAAGCUUAUUCAUAUUGUUGCAUGGUUGCAUAAAAAUGACCCAAGUCAAAAGAUGAGAGCCCUACUUUCAUUGUCACGUGGUCCUGCUCGAUAUGUGACAUCUUUUUAUGGUUACAUUGUCAAUGGAUAUAGGUUUCAUACUGAAUAUCAUGACCAAGGUUUGAGGACACAAAAUAGUGGAGUUGUUGUAAUUGGAGAUAUUGGUGAUGAAGUUAACAACAUAGAUUACUACGGUGUCUUAACUGAGAUUAUUCAAUUGCAAUAUCUUUGUGGAUUUCGUUUUUUUUUAUUUCUUUGUUAUUGGUGGGAUGUUUAUGAUCUAGUGAGGUGGGUUAAGAUUGAUGAAUAUGGGGACAAUAUUCACAAAGGCUGGCAUUAUGUGAUAAAGGCACAUCCUCGAGAUUCCUAUGACAUCCCAUUAGAAGAAGACAUUGACCCCGUUGAUUUGAAUCAAUUCGGUGAAGCAUAUCAAGCUGAUGAAUCUAUCAAUCUUGAAUCUGGAGAAACAACUACAGUUGAUGCAAAUGACCAAAUUAGUUGGAAGAUGAUGGAUAUAGAGCCACAAAUAAUUGAUAUAUCUUCAACACAGAAGAAAAGAAAACAUGGAUCUUGA